CAUACGCACGCACACUCUCACGAGCGCAUUCAGAUUAUAUUUGUGAGAGAACGCAGAGAGAAACAGUUGAUGACGGAGCUGCAUGCUGGAUGUUUCUGACCAACACCGGUAACAACUAACCGACUAGUGAGCUGAAGAAUCUGAGCUGCAGCAAAAUCAACUGUAAAGAUGUAUUGAUCAGGCUGCAGAGCCCUGAAGACAAACAUUUACAGACAUGAUCCUUUAUUCUCCCUGAGGAACUGACCAAUCAGCAGCCAGGAUGAUGCCCAAGCAGCUGGCUCAAACGUCUCCAGGGAGUGUGUUGUCGUUGAGAGGGCCCAGCGUCCCAGGAUCCCCUGCAGCCGCCAUCGUGGCCAGAGUGGAGGACGGGGUUAUCGGCUAUAAAGAUUUGGCAGCGUUACCAAGAGACAAAGCCAUCCUGGAUAUAGAGAGACCAGAUCUGAUGAUCUACCACCAGCACUACAGCUACAGCCCACUGGAGAGGUCCUUGUCUCCUCGCUCCAUCUCUCCUCCUCUCUCCCCUGAGAAGGAGUGCAGGGAGUGGCUGGGGAGCCGCUCUCCUGGAGGUUCCUCCCCUUGUUCCACCAUCCAGACUAGCAGGACACACAGCACACACACACCACCAACACCAAACACACCAAACACACCAAACACACCAAACACACCAAACACUCAAUCUUCUGGUACCAAGAGCACCAUGCAGCACUUCCACAGGCCUGAAAAUGGCUCCAACAUCUAUAAGAAGCCUCCCAUCUACAAACAAGGUAUGUUACACACACAUUUACUUCCUCUCCGUUUGUCAAUCUCUCCUUGUCUCCUCUCCUCCUCUUGUUUCUUUUCUUUGUCACCUCUCCCCCUCAACUUAUUUAUUUGUUUCCUCUCGCAUGUGCUUGUUUCCCCUCCUCUCUAUACUUGUCUCCUCCUCCCUCUAGAGAAGGAGUGGAGGAAGAAGGAUCAGAGAGAUGAAGAUGUGGAGGAGGAUGGAGAGCUGGAUGAUGAGCUGUGGGGACUGAGAGCACUUCAGAAGCAAGAACUUAACAAGAUUCAGUCAAAUCUGGGGAAAAUCAUCCUUAAGGAGGAGUUGGAUAAAUCUGCAGCUCCUUUGAGGAGGAAAACUCGCUCACUACCGGACCCACAUCAGCACGCUGGGUCCAACGCCUCCAGGUCUGUGUAUUUCCCAGCAUCUUCUAAGAGUGGCCUGUCCAGGGUGAGUGCUGCUGAACAUGAACGUCCAAUCACAGCAGAGUUUACAGAAGGUGGUGAGGAACAUGUUUCUGUUUGUUUUCAGCUGAAGUCAGCAGAGUUCAGCUCGUCUGAGAAAACUUCUGCAGAUAUUCAGAACGGAGACUCCAGGAUGGACAGAGGAAACUCUCUCCCCAGCAUGUUGGAACAUAAGAUAUGCCCUUAUGAGAUGCUGGUGGUGACCCAUAGAGGGCGACGCAAACUGCCCCCUGGUGUGGACAGAACCAGACUGGAGAGACACCUCUCGCAGGAGGAGUUCUUCAGUGUUUUCGGGAUGUCCAUCGAGGAGUUUGACCGCCUCUCUCUCUGGAAGAGAAACAACCUGAAGAGGAAAGUUUGUCUCUUCUGACACUGCUGAGACCGAAUCUCUCACAAUCCCCCUUGCUCCUCCUGGAUCACUGCAGGGUCCUGAAACCACACAGACUUAAUAUUAUCAGCACCACCACCAUCAUCAUCACAGUCUGGCGCUCAGUGAGACGUCAGGUUUGAUUCACAGUGAACGUUUGAAUGAAAGCAGAGUGGUUUGAGAUUCCUGCUGCACACGUGAACUCCGGCUACAGAGCUGCAGAACUUUAGUUUAAUAAGCUUCAGUUUCUAAACUACAGAGCGAGCACAAAGAACCAACCUGCCAGAGCAGGUAAAGGUAAAAAAAACUCCACCAGAGAGAAAAGCCAACUCCAGUGGGUUUAAACUGAGGGUGAGGAGCCCGGUCACACCAGCAUGAUUAACAUCAGAUAUUUGAACUAAAUUAAUUUAAUUUCGGAGAAAUUGCUGCAAUCAAUAGAUUCUCUUCCGAAGGCAAAUGUGUGGUUGUUUACAUAAAGUUCAAGGUUGGGCAACUUUGAAAAGCAAAUUUGCUUUGAAACUGUAUGACAGUCCAGAGGAUA